AUGCUUCUCCCGACCCGGUCGCGACUUAGCUCGUCCCUUCAAGCACUGAAUCGAAAAUAUCGCAGCCAUGGAGGAGCUGCCAGCCCUGCACGCGCGGAAGAGCCCCUACUUGGUCGCUUGAGUGAGGUUGUUCGACAUACCUGGUAUCUAGGAUUUACGUCCUUCGGGGGACCGCCGGUUCAUUUCCAGAUCUUGCAUGCGCGAUUCGUCGAAAGGGAGAAAUGGGUUGAUGAGCAGACGUACCAAGAACUCUUCGCCAUAUGUCAGGGUCUUCCUGGACCGGGGUCUACAAAGAUGUUAUUCUGCUUGGUGUUGCUUCAUGCUGGGUUCAUCCCGGCCUUGCUUGCAUUUGUCCUUUGGUGUCUCCCCGGCGCAAUCGGCAUGUAUGCCCUCUCUCUCGGCGUGCAACAGAUUGACGAAACACUUCCCGCACCAGUCUACGCUCUUCUUUCCGGCUUGAAUGCCUCAACCGUAGGCAUUAUCGCCCUUGCUGCUGUCCAGCUAGCCGAAAAGGCAAUCCGCGAUAAGAUUUCCCGGAUCUUGGUAAUCUUCGGCGCAUGUGCUGGCCUCUGCUAUAGCGCGCUUUGGUAUUUCCCUAUUCUCAUGGUUGCUGGCGGUGUUGCUACUGCGCUGUGGGAUGGGUGGGUGUAUCAACAAAUUCUGAGGGUGAAGAUUGCGUGGAAGAAUAGGAACCGACAGACCGAGCCGGAGGGCGAUGCCCCUGGAUCUGCAGGUUGUGAGCGUUCGUCUGAGAGAAAUUCAGGACAGGGGGCCGGGACGGAGAUGCUACGGAUGAGGAAGUCCGGUACAGAGGCUUUCCCGCCAAACUUGAAUGAUACCCAGGCAGAAGAAAGGGAUGCGCAUCCCGCACAGGACCAUGUAAUCCGUAUCCGUGUUGGGGCUGCAAUUUUCAUUUUCUUCUUUACUUCCUUUAUCGCUAUCCUUGUUUCAAGAGCCAAAAUUUCGGCACCCCCUCUAGCCCUCGACCUCUUCGCAAACAUGUACUUAGCCGGUACUGUGAUCUUCGGCGGCGGCCCUGUUGUUAUCCCCUUGCUCCGGUCAUACGUUGUGGACCCAGGCUGGGUUUCCAGUCGAGACUUCCUAAUCGGCCUUGCGAUAAUCCAGGCCUUCCCCGGCCCAAACUUCAACUUUGCCGUCUUUCUCGGUGCACUCGCCCUCCGAACCACAUCCUACCCGACAAUCUUCGGUGCAUUCCUCGGUGGGUUAGGGAUUUUCUUCCCUGGAAUCACCCUCGCCGUCGCGAUCCAGUCCUUCUGGCGUAUUCUGCGGAAACAGAAGUAUAUAGUUGAUUUUCUCCGCGGUGUGAAUGCAUCAGCUGUAGGAUUAGUCUUUACUGCUGUGUACCGGCUUUGGGAAAUUGGAUAUUUGACUCCGCAGGAUCGUGAUGGUCAGAGUCUGGCGAAAGAGCCCUGGUGGGUUGUUGUCGCCGCUGUUACUUAUGCUGAGAGUGCGUGGUUUAAGGUUCCACCUGCAGCGGCUAUUUUGCUAGGUGCUGUGCUUGGGUUGUGUUGGUAUGGAGUUGUUAGUCCUGCCUGGUGA